ACAAGAUUUAUACCGAAAAUAUUUGACUUUUAACCAAUCCCUCACAACGAAUGGCCAUUCUUUAUUUGUAGAUAAAUUCCAUUUUCAAGAUUUUCAAGACACGGAAAUAGUGAACAUUCUUGAGCAAAUAAUUUCAUUUGAUCAACAUAUUCAGAGUUCAUCAGUUUUCUUGAUCAAGUCCCAGUCUUUCUUUGUGGGAUUCUUGGUAUCAAGGUUUUCACUUUAGGCAAAGGCUUUUGAUUCGUCAAGCAGGGUAAAGUUGAUGACUUUCUCCUCAGAAAUUGGAGACAGGUUCAAGAAUCUUGGGGUUGACUGCUUUCUUCUGAAAAAAUGGAUUUAUGGGUUGUCGCAGCAGCUGCAGGAGCUGGAUAUAUAGCAAAGAACUUGCAGAACUUGCCAGGAGAUAGAAAGGAAAGCCUGACUCCAGCCUCUUACAAACACUCGUUCAAUGUUCAAUCAGAAUCAAGAAACUUUCUGCAGCAGUUCAGAGAUAAAACCUGCCCGUUACGCAGAUUAGCACGAAAGAGAGCUCAGGAUGACGAUUUCUUGGAUGUGGAGAAUCAUUCAGAUGUUAGUUUCUCAGAGAUCGAUCCAAUAAGCAGUAGAAACAUAGAAGCUAGUGAUGAUUAUAACAUGGGAUGGGGUUCUAGCGUGUCAUCAGCUGUUAGUGCAGAAGAAAAGAGUCUAGAAUUUGAAGAUGGUGAAAAUAGAAUUUUCAGCAGAACGAACAGAGGCAAAUUCAUUAGAAAUAGAAGGAAUCGCAUGAAUUCAUUAAGGCCUGUACAGUCUUUUGGAAGUUUCCUUGAUUCCCAGCUAUUCGGAGAGCAUGAAAACAUAGAAGAUAGUUCAAGUUUUCCAUCCAUGUCUACAAUUAGGCCAGUUUUGGUUACUGAUGGAAGUCAAAUGAUCAGCAAGUUGGUUGAAUCUGUCGAGGAGAUUCAAAAGAAGCCGGAGAAGUGCACUGGGAAGUUGCAGCUGAGUGGUUCCAGUGACGGGGCGGCUGGAAGAUCAUUCCAUUCACAAGGACCUGAGACGAUGCUUCUUUUCAUUACUGGAAUGAUGGUUGGGAUAUUGUCUGCUACUACGGCCUGGAAAAAUGAAGCUGAGAAGUUGAAUUCGCAGUUGGAACAGAUGCAGAAUUUAGUUCAAGAUUUGUAUGAGGAACUUGAUAUGAAAGAAAUGGUAAUGGUGAAGGAGCUAAGUGAUGAGCCUCCUGGAGAAAACGAUACGCCUCAGGACUCGAUUGUAUCUCCUACUGAUGUGAAGGUGAAGAAAUUGGCUGAAUUUGACAGUCUAAAAGCAAAUGAUAGAAACACAGAGAACCUGGAGCUGUUGAGCAAAAUUGAGGCAGAACUUGAAGCUGAACUGGAGAUGCUAGAAAAUAACUAUAAGGCAUCUGCCCUGGAGAGAAUAUCUGGUGUUGUUGAGCAGCUUGAUCCAGAUUUUGAACCAGAUAUUAUCCAAAGAGACUUAAAGUCGACAAUGGACAAUGGUAUGUCUGAGUCAGGAGACGAAACGACGGAUACAACCACUCAUGGCUCUCCACCUGCAAAUUAUACUGUUUCCCCUUGGGAGCUGAGCUUGCGCCUCCAUGAGUUGAUAGAAUCCAGGCUCCAAAUGCGUAUAAAGGAGCUGGAGACAGCUCUCUGUAACAGCCAAAACAGGGUUCAAAUACUUGGUUCACAGAGCAUUGUCUCUGGAAGGAGAUUUUCUUACUGUACAACAGAAUCCUCAUCUGUUCAACAAAGUCCUACAGAAGAACAUGACAAACAAUAUGGGCCUUCGGCAGAGAAUCAAGAAAAGGAGACAAAUGGGAUUUUGCUUAGGGUGAGAGAGAAGGAUCAAGAAAGUCAAGAUGGGGAAUAUAGCAGCAAUGCUGGAAAGCAUUCCAUCGAUCGACUAAUGCCACAGAUUGCAUACCAGGAUACAUCAACAAGUUUCAUGUCUGAUGAAGAUUGCCUGAGUGAAGAUAACGAGACUGAUGAAUCAGAAAUGCUUCUGAUAAAGCAGAUACUCGAGAGAAGGAAAUCAGGUUCCAGUUGCAAUCUUAAAAUUGAUUAAGGUGUACAAACUCAGAUGGCAUACUGAUAGAAUACAGAAGAGUGUAUAGUAAGUGUACAGGUAGGAAAAUGAGGAUUGAGAAAGAACAUUAGAAGCACAAAUCUCAUGAGACAAAGAAAUAAGAAAAAUAAAAGGUGCCAAUUGGCAAUGGAAAUCGAAAUCAUUUUUGUUUAGUAAGAAGCAGUUGCCAUCUAAAGAGCUGGUUUUUGUAACAUUGUUCUUGCAUCAGCGUGUUGUGUAACAAUGUUUGAUAUGAUAAUUGUGCCUUUUCUGGAAUAGAAAA